AUGCAAGAGGCAUCGCCGUACUUUGCGUACGCGGGUGGUGCCAUUGUCGCCCUAUACCUGCUCUACCGCUGGGCAUUACCCAAGCCGAUUCCAGGCAUUCCCUACAACCCGGAGGCAAUCAGAUCUCUGCUUGGCGAUGUCCCAUCCAUGGUACAACAUGUGGGCAAGACACAGGAAGUACAUUCUUGGAUGAGCGCACAGAAUGUCAAGUUAAAAUCGCCGAUUGUCCAGCUGUUCAACCGUCCAUUCGGUCGUCCCUGCGUCGUCGUUACCGACUUCCCAGAGGCACAAGAUAUCCUGGUUCGUCGUACAAAAGAGUUUGACCGCUCUAAAUUUAUUGCAGAUGUUUCUGGUGGUAUUGUGCCUGAGAGUCACUUUGUUAUGCAGACGAAUGACAAAUUCAGGAAGCACCGCAAAUGGAUACAAGGUAUCAUGGCUACAGGCUUUCUUCAAGAUAUUGCUGCACCCUUUGUACAUGCGGCUGGCCUUGAUUUACUGCAGUUGUGGGAGGAGAAGGCAAGACUAUCCAAGGGUCAUGCGUUUGCUGCGGCCAACGAUGUUUACUGCACAACCAUGGACUCCAUUUGGCCCAUUGUCUUUGGAAAAGAUCCGGCCAACAGUAACAGUAAAGCACAGCUUCGUCUAUAUCUUACCGUGAAAGAGGUUGAUGUCCCUAGCGAUCCAGAUGCGCCCAUAACUUUGCCCAAGGCACCGCAUCCGGAUAUUAUGCAGUCUAUUCUGAAUAUUAUGCACAGCGUCGAAGCAUGCAUCAAGUCGCCGGUACCUGCCUUAGCACACUGGAUGCUGAGGCAGACGCCGACACUAAAGAAAUCAUUUCGAGACAAGGACGAGCUUAUUCAAAAAGAAAUUCGCAGAGCGGUUGAUCGGGCUAUGGCAGCCUCCAAGGAUGGCAAAGAAGCCCAAGUACAAUGCGCCAUUGAUGAUAUAGUGAUUCGAGAAUUUCAACUCGCCGACAAGGAGAACAGAUCUCCAGAGUUUUUCUCACGAGGCAUAUCCGACGAGAUUCUCGGAUUUGUAGUUGGUGCUCAGGAUACUACAGCUACAUCUGUUACAUGGGCACUCAAAUAUCUCGCCGACCAUCAGGACGUCCAAACGAAGCUACGGAACGAACUACGAAAGGCACAUAGUGAAGCUGCGGCGGACGGCCGCGCACCCUCAGCGGCAGAAAUUACUACGACUAUCAUUCACUAUCGUGAUGCUGUAGUGGAGGAAAUCUUCCGCUGUUCUUUGACAGAGGCAUCUUCUGUUCGGACAGCUGUUGUGGACACUCAGGUGUUGGGCUGUUUUAUUCCCAAAGGCACCGAGGUAUUCCUCAUGGGCAAUGGUCCUGGCUUCUUCUCUCCGGAAUUCGAAAUCGACGACUCACUACGAACUAAGUCAUCUCUAGAGUCAAAGGACAAGGUGGGCAGCUGGGAGCACAGUGACAUGGCUAUCUUCAAUCCGGACCGGUGGCUGGUAACAAAUGCAGCAGGGCAGACAGAAUUCGACGCCGCAGCUGGGCCGAUGUUGACCUUUGGGCUCGGAGAAAGGGGAUGCUACGGUCGCCGGAUGGCUUAUGUGCAGAUGAAACAGCUUCUUACACUAAUUGUGUGGAAGUUUGAGCUUCACAAAUGCCCAGAGGCUUUGAGCAGCUAUGCAGCGACGGACAAGAUGGCACAUAUGCCGCAAUUUUGCUAUAUCCGACCGGUGAAAGCAAAGUGGUAA